CCCGGCCUCAGCCCUGACCAGGUGUCCCAGUACUUCUCGGAGCUGCCCCCGGCGCUGGUGCCGCGGAUCCAGAGCCCCGGGGAGCGGCACCGGCUGCGGGAGCUGCUGAGACAGCUGCCCCCUCACGACCUGGAGCCCCAAUUUUGCCACGACCUGAGCGAGUCGGAACGUCGGGAAUUGAAACUUUUCGCCCAGCGCCGAAAACGGGAGAAUUUGGGCCAAGGGAGCGUCCGGCCCCUCCCCCUCACCAGCCCCGGCACCGUCUGCCAGCAGUGCUGCCACUGCCACCAACCCCUCGUGGACCUCGUCUACUUCUGCCCCGGGGGGAGGGGGGGGCGCCUGCUCUGCGGGAGGCACCACGGGGAGACCCUCAGGGACCGCUGCCCCGGCUGUGACGAGCUGAUUUUCGGGGUCCCUGUGCCGAGGCCGAGGGUCGCCGCUGGCACCGGCGCCACCUGCGCUGCGUGGAGUGCGAGGGACCCUGGACCCCAGAGCCUCCAGGAGGGGGCGGCUCUCUGCCCCCUGCCAUGCCCGGGGGCUCAUCUGUGCGACACCUGCGGGGACCCCAAUCGGUGA